UCUUUAUCGCCUCCCUCUCAUCGCGUCGCGUCCUAACCCUUCUCUCUCUCUCUCCUCCCCCGUUCUUUCCCCAAAUCUUCGAAAUUGGGGACUAAUUUUUUUUCUUCUUUCUUCCUAUUUCUCUGAAACCCUAACACGGUAACAUAGCGCUCUUCAAUUCUAAUCUUUAACACUCGAUCUGAUCCCUCGAUGCCUGAUAUUAGUCUCUCUCCUCAUCACUCUCAUCGGAUCUCUUCUUCUUCUACCGACGGUUUGGUUGCAUGUUGCAGCAAAUACAUUGAUUCUCUAGAAAUGGUUUCGAACGAGUGCUAUCAUUAUUUUGCUUCAAGGAAAAAGCAUAAAUCUGUAGGAUCAGAAUUCUCUCCUGAUGAGGCUAAUCCUUGCUUGGGCAAACUUGGUGACAGUAAUCAUCUUGAACGCACCGAAUGCUGUUCAUCACAUAAGUGCUCUCGUGUGAGCAAUAGUCCAUCCUCAAGCUGCCAUCAGUUUGUCACUGUGGCAGGUAGUUCCCAGGUAACAAAUGGUGCAGUUAGUUUAGCGGGGCAGAGCAGUAAAAACGGUGAAUACUUUCAGUCUUCCUCGGUGAGUGGAUGGAUGUACUUCAGUGAACACGGGCAGAUGUGUGGACCUUAUCUCAGAGAACAACUAUGUUCGGGUUUGUCUUCAGGAUUCUUGCCAGAAGAACUUCCAGUUUAUCCUGUAAUAAAUGGAAAUAUCAUCAAUGCAGUACCCUUGAAGUAUCUAAAGCACUUGCCUGAAAAUGCUUGCUGGGAUGCAAAUGUUUCAACUGCGGUGCCGAGCGUAACUAAUAAUCUUACAGGCAGUGUUUCCGGAUCUACUAGUCAAGGCUCCGAAACUCAUGUUAUUUGUAAUGAUCAAAGUAGUGAAUCACCAAAAGAAGCCCAAGGAUUGCCCAACUCUGGGUCUUCGGGUCUAUCAGUGUCAAGCGAAGAUGUAUGCUGGAUGUUUGAGGAUGAGGAAGGCAGAAGACAUGGGCCGCAUUCUGUCACAGAACUUCUUUACUGGCAUCAGAGCAGCUAUCUUCAGGAUUCUUUAAUGGUCUACCAUGUGGAAAAUAAAUUUGGUCCAUUCCCUCUUGCAACUUUAGUUGAUAUGUGGAGCAAAGAUGGCAUGCUAAAAGCUGCAGAGGGAAACAUCAACAGUGAAGAUACUAGUUCUCUUGUGAGCUUCAUAUCUGACGUAUCUGAGGAUGUCUCUUUUCAGUUGCACUCUGGAAUAAUGAAAGCAGCUCGGCGAGUUUUGCUAGAUGAAAUUAUCAGCAGUACCAUACCUGAUAUUUUGGCUUCAAAGAAGGCUCAGAGACAUUUGAUGCGUGAAGAAGUGUCUAAGAGCGUUAAGAGCUCUUCAAAGAAAGAGGCCAAAGCUUUGAUUACAAGAAAGAAAUCUGCUAUAACUGGGAAUACAGAUGUCAUUUCUUCUCAUGUUUCACCUGAUUCAUACACAGGCUUAGCUCAUGUGGAGUCUUCCUCUAGAGCUUUGACGUCUGAGAACAUUAAUAAUUUCUCAGAUAUUCUAUUAGCGGUGUACAGAACUUCCUAUGAUGACUGUAUGAAGGUUCUCUGGAAUGCCGUAAUUUAUGAUCCUGUUGCUGAUUAUUGUAAUAAAUGGCUCAAGGGAAAACGCUGGUCUGCUUGCGUGACUGAUCCUGUUUCUAUUGCUAAGAAAGACGUGACUAAUACGGACGAGGUGCCAAAUGAUAAUGUAGUUGAAGUGCAGCAGCCUUUGGACUGUGAUCCUGAUUUUCCACCUGGGUUUGAGAACAUGGAUGAGAUGCAAGUAGAUGUUAAUGGAACAUCCACCUCUGUUGCGCUUAAACCACGUCUAUCUAAUUUUGAGAUAGACUUUCCUCCUGGAUUUGAACAUGCAUUGCAAACAUCUGAUGUUUCUGCUUAUUCUCCUUCUACUUCACAAGUUUCCAAUUCGUUGGAGCUUGAGAGUAAUGGAAACAUCAUUUGUCAAUCAACCUUAUCUGAUGGUUUAGUGGAGAUCCAAAGUACUUUGGAGAAUGACCUAUAUACAUCAGCAAAAGCUUCCUUGUUUGAGUACUUUGAAGACAUACUGAAGGAGGAAUUGACAAACUUCAUUUACUCGGCAAUGGAAGGUCCAAAGGAUCAGGAAAUGAUGGUGGCCAAUGUGCCUGCUAUCCAGACUGAUUUAACUAGUACUGUUGAUCUUUCUGCUGACUUGGUGUUGGAGUCAUCUGAACCUCUGCUUUCUCCAUCUGCCCUGUUGGAGUCGUCUGAACCUCUGGUUUCUCCCUCUGCAUGUUUAGCACGUGCAUUCGAAACAUUGCAUUUUCCUCGAGCAAGUGUGCCUAGUGGCAAGGAUUUUGGUGAACCGCCUCCCUCUGGAUUAGAGCAUUGUUCUAUUCCUGUGUCCUUAUUUCAAAAGACAAAGAUUCGGCCUUCAAAGAGAGAUGACUCUGUUCCUUUGAUGAGUAAAUAUGUUACAUUGGCAGUUUUCAGACAAAAAUUACAUGAUGAAGUUGUCAAAGAGUUUGUAACCUUUUUCCUUUAUGAUGCUCUGCAUAGCAGUCAUAUUUUAAGAAGUGCUUUGGAAAAUCAUGAAUCUGAUUCCGUUGAUGCCAGCAGGCAGAGAAAGAAUCUGAACAAUGAUGUUACAUAUAAGGCAUCAGGGAUAGGGAAACAUAGUGAAGGGUCAAAGGUUAUGGACAAUUCAGGAGUGCCAGAUGCAGCUUUAAUGAAAGAAAAGCUUACAUAUUUUCGUAGGAAAAAACUGGGGAAGAAAAAGGUUGGAUCUUCAUCAACUUGCAUGCGUUCAGAUCAGUCUGGAUUGCUUCAGAAGGUGGAUGACAUUUCAGGUGACCAGCAGAAGUCUGGAUCCUUGCCUGAAUCCACUGAAUCGAGGACAUUAGAUGCACAUUUGGAACUUAAGCUUGAAUGCAAGACCAGCAUCUCUGAGCAAGCAAGUCGUGCAAGCAGUACAAGGAAAAGAAACCGGAGAUUGAGGAAGCUGAGUCAUGAGAUUGAAAAUACAUUUUCUUUCCCUCCAUUUAAUGCAGAAAAAUCAAGAUUUUCAAAGUAUCGUCUUUCUCAUCAUCAUGAUGAUUCCAAUAACGGCGUUGCGGAGGUUCUUGCUAGAGAUGUUAAGGGGAAAAUGAAAAAACUUUCAGCUUUAGAACGGGUUCUAGAUGAAUCUGAGAAGGUGGUUGAUGAUAACGGGCCUGAUUUGAACUCCCAACAAGGACAAGAACUUUGUUCUAGUUAUAUCAAAAAUUCAAAAAGACUGUCGCGGUUAAAGAGGAAGGUUAAGAUUUAUGAACCAUUAGUUGUUCCUGAAAAGAUUUCAAAACUUUCACACAAGACCGUGGUCAAAAAAACUAGCCGGAAGACGCAGAAGGUGAAUCCCUCAAAACAAUCAGUUCCAUGCCCCAAUUCAGAUGGCUGUGCUCGGGUUUCUAUUAAUGGUUGGGACUGGCGUAAAUGGUCUCGAAAUGCAUUACCAUCAGAAAGGGCUCGCGCUAAAGGAAGUCGUGCUACUAACCUGCAGAAUAUGUCUUUUGAGGGUAAUGUUAAACGUUCCAACACGAAGGGCCCUUCUGCCAGAACAAAUAGGGUUAAGUUACGGAAUCUUCUAGCUGCUGCAGAGGGUGCUGAGAUUCUAAAGGUCAAUCAGUUGCAGGCAAGGAAGAAGAGGUUACGAUUUCAAAGGAGCAGUAUACAUGAUUGGGGUCUGGUCGCCCUUGAACCAAUUGAUGCAGAAGAUUUUGUUAUUGAAUAUGUAGGGGAGUUAGUUCGCUGCCGGAUAUCAGAUCUAAGGGAGUGUCAAUACGAAAAGAUGGGAAUUGGUAGCAGUUACCUUUUCAGAUUGGAUGAUGGUUAUGUGGUUGAUGCUACCAAGCGAGGUGGAAUAGCAAGGUUUAUAAAUCACUCAUGUGACCCUAACUGUUAUACCAAGGUGAUAACUGUUGAGGGUCAGAAGAAGAUUUUUAUCUAUGCGAAAAGAUACAUAUAUGCUGGUGAAGAACUUACUUACAAUUACAAGUUUCCAUUGGAAGAACAGAAGAUUCCUUGCAACUGUGGUUCUAAAAGGUGCCGUGGAUCAAUGAAUUGAAAAUGAUGAUCAUUAUCAACCUCACGGCCUUUGGGUUUGUGUGCUGGCAGCGACGUACGGAAGGCACAUUGGCUGAUUAUAGAAGUUUAGGGUUGGCACAUUUCUUUGAUGAAGCUGUUGGAUGAAGAAAUCUAGAACCAUUUUCUUGGAUGCCUUUAGCCAAUUAAGCAUGCAGUAAAGCAUUGGUGUUAUGCUUAAAUCCCCCUGCCUGCUCAUUCCUGUUGGAGUCUGUCAUGAAUGAGGUUAAACCAACGCCCCUUUGGUGAUUGAAUGUUGAUGUUUACGUCUCUUUACUCUUGUUAAGGGGAAUAAUCGUACCGAUAGUGUUAGUCGCUGGGAAUAUGUACAUCUUAUAUUCUUCUUUGGACCAUUAUUGAUUUUUUUCUUCCUCCUUUACAUGGUUACAUUCUCUUACUGCCAUGCGUCAAUCGAUAUUUUUUGGUUUUCAUGUGUGUGGCAUGACUUAAUAUUAUAUAUUGGAAGUAAAUUAUUGUUAAAAGUGAAAGAUUUGAUUGGAUUUAUUUUUGAUUGGAUUUAUUGCACUAACUUCUUAGAAAGUUAGAAUUCAUCAUUGGCGGUGUCAUCUAUAUUAAAACAAAUGUUUUAAAGAACUUAGAGGCCUUAAUGCCAAUGAUAACAUUAUGUAAAGGAAGAAUAACAUUUUUUACUACCAAGUCGAUGAAAAUUGUCCUUUUUUUUGGUGUGUGUUGGGGGGGGGGUGGCUUUUGUGUGUAGAAUAUUUGAAGGAAUUUGGAAGACAGCUUGAUCGAAUAAUGCUUAUACUGCACCAUCAGAAAAGGUAAGUCAUUGUCCUUGAACUGUUGCUCAAGCUAAGAAGCAUGGACAUCAAACAUGACAAAACACUGGUCACGCUGCAUCACACUAGUGUAUACGUGUGUUGUACAUAUGUUCCAUGCAUUCAUAAUAGAACAAAGAGAGAGUGAGAGUGUAUAUAGCAUAUUCAACAACAUAUCCAAGCAUCCAAAAGACCCAAGUCAUAUUUUUAAUGAUAUAAGAAAGUACAAUGCUUAUCGAUGUGCUAAAAUGCUAAACUAAGUACAUUUUUUGAGUCUCGCAAAUGGAAUAAGCUUUAUCUUGUCCAUUUUCUAUGGAGUACACGAAGUAACUUACUUUUUUUAUAUUGAAAUAUAUCCAAAAGUAUCAUAGUCUUAUACAAGGCAACAAUGACCAAUGUUUUAAAUGUCGAACGUUGGGUUCAUGUCAGGCGGCUAAAAUUCAUUUCGGAUAGCGGAAAUCGGUGAUAUGUCGGGGGACAGAGAAAAAUAUUGGAUGGUGUGCAUAUGUGUAAUAUAAAUAUCAUAAAUGAAAUCUAAAUACACUUAAUAAAUUUUAUUGUCUAAACAUAUAAAAAAGGAAAUAAUUUAUGAUGCUUAGGGUUGAUGUUGAAGGAAAGAGGAGCCCGAUGCUGGCGGUUGAGGAGAGAGAAGAUUGCUCGAUAUUGAUGUCGAAAAAACACCUCGGAGAAGAGAGAUGUCGAAGGAGAGAGAGAGAAGAGGAGUGACAAAAAUGACUUCGGUCUUUUUUUUCUUCCAUUUCCCCUAACUGAUUGAGUUUUGUUUUUGGAAGUAAUAUUAAGACAAUCAGGAAUUUAAACCGAACUUGAUUAGAUUAACACAACAAAAGAAAAUUAGCUAAUUUUUCAGACUAAAAAAUCGGCCGACAUAGCCGGCAUGUUCCUCGAUAUAUCCCUCAGACAUAUCUGACAUGUUCCUUGAUAUAUCCAACAUGAACCCUGAAAAUGUAAUAUGCAUUGAAAGGCUCCAUAUCGUGUCGGUUGGCCCUUAAUUCUGACAUAUCAGCCGAUAUGUCCAACAUGACAGUCAACAUUUGAAACAUUGACAAUGACUAAAGUAUAGACUGGUAUAUAAACGGAAGUACAUGUUUAAAACAUGUAAUGUAGGACAUGUUGGCUAAAAAGUAUCCAUCAAAUUAUCCAUAAUUGAAGAGUGUAUUUUAUGAUAGAGGACAAUUUAGUAAGUGUAAUCAAUGUUUUAAAUAUAGGCCGAUUUUAUCAAUUUAUUCCCGAUAUAUAGGGUUUGGGCUAUGGCCGAUAUGAUUUUUGUAAAUAUCGCAUAUAGUUUUGGACCGAUUUUUCCCGAUAUGUCGGGGUAAACCCGAUAAAGCGACUGAUUUUUCGUGGGCUAAAAUCACCUGAUUUUCUACAAUUUACAUUCUAAGUGAAUUGGUUCAUGUUUGGAGACAAAAAACCCUCUUUUUUUCAUAUUUGAUCCGCAUACACUAAACAAAAAUAAUAAUAUCCUAUUCUAUUUCGCUUCCACUAAACAAAAACAAUUGGUAAGUGAUCCCACAUGUGUUAUUUACAUAUUAUUAUGUUUAUGUUUCAUUAAAUGUGCUUAGAUUACUUUUUAAGACAUUACAUUAUAUAUGUUCACUAUCCGAUGUAACACUCCGAUUUUUACUACUUAUCCCCGAUAUGUCCCAAUAACUAGGAUCCGAUAUGAAUUUUGGCCAUCCGAUAUAUUUCCGGUAACCGAUAUUUAAAACAUUGAGUGUGAUAUACGUGUUUGAUGAGUUUCAGAAGAAGUGAUGCUGUUGAUACGUGUGUUCACUUGUAUGAAAGGGUAUGGCUUCAUUAUGAAAGUGUUAAUGCUACAUAGUUGACAAGUUCUCUGGUGUACUCUCUUGCCUAUACAUGCUAGGGAAUUUUAUUUCUGUUCUUAGUCGGUUAUCUUUAGAUUGAUAGCCGGUAUAUAACUUUGGUCAUUGUGGAAAUUUCACAACUUUGAAAUCAUGCUCAAUGACUACUCCCAUUGAUGGGAAAAUAUUCGACUGUUGAGGGACUUCGCUCUAGAUGAAGCGCCAUGCAGUAACUAUUUCUAACCUGCAGAGCACUGUUUUGGGUUGAGACGUUUAGUAAACCCUAAUUGAGAACCAAUAAUACGGUACACAUCAUGUCUAUACAAGCUUACUUUUGGUGUGUACUUGAGUUCAGGUUUUGGCUCAACCCAUGUUAAUUCUUAUUAGAACUUUAAUUCAUAUUGUUGUGUUACUUACUUCCAGUAUGAGAUAGAAUUUGGUUCCCUUACAAAGUUAUUGCCUGACUAACCAGCCUGAAUUUCAAACUAAUAUGGAUUUGAUUAGUUGGAUUGUUUGUUCUGGGUCAGAAAUUAUGGACCAAAUAGCUUGGAUCUGUUCUUGGAUUAGCUUGGAAUAGAACAACCUGAUGCAAAGGUUAGUGUUGCCUCCUGUUUUAUCAGCAUCAUCAUCAUUCUCUGCAACCAUGCUCCAUUAUUGCCAUAUUUUGUUGCUGAUGAGUUCUCCUGCCAAGGUUAAAAGUCUCGUCUUUACGUGAGAUUGUAAAGUUUUUGAUCUUUGUACAGGAAUAUGUGAAAAUUUUUAAUCUAUCAAUAAUAAUAUAUUUAUUGAGAAAAUCAUGAGUGUGUGCUGCAUGAUUUUUAA